CGGCCCGCCCCCACCACCACUGCCGCCGCCGCUGCCCCGUCCCCCGCCCCCUCCGACCCUGAGGUGAUGACCGCCGAGGAGGCCCAGCAGCUGCUCAGUGCCAACAUUGUGGAGAGUAGAGCAAGAGAGACGCAUGGGGUGCUAUCCGACGAGGAGGCGCAAGAGAUCGUGCUUCUCCUCUCCCCCACCAAGACCGACGCACCCCACACCUUCACCCCCCAGCAGCCCCCCACCACCCAGGAGCCCACCCCUCCCCCCGUGCCGCCCCACUACACCACGUCGGGGCAGGGGGAUGAGUAUGAUGGGGCGCUGACCUCCCCGCUGAGCCCCGAAGAUGUGCCCUCGGAGCAUGACUCAUCGGAGGCCUCGGGUGUGGGUGUGGCGGGUGACGGGUUCCAGGUGACGCGGGUGAAGGAGGUGUUGGUGGAAGACGGUGUUCACUACCUUGAAGACGGACACUUCUGGGUGGAGGUUCCCGGGAUCCCCGAGGAGGACGAGGACGAGGAUGAUGACCCCGCCAUCCCCUUCCACCCUCACACCAAGCUCACCUUCUCCACGCAGCCCGUCCAGGUGUUCAGCACUUACUCCGUCACCGAGUACGACCGGAAAAAUGACGAGGUGGACCCAGUGGCUGCCAGCGCUGAGUACGAGCUGGAGAAGCGCGUGGAGAAGAUGGACGUGUUCCCGGUGGAGAUCGUCAAAGGCGAGGGUGGACUAGGCCUCAGCAUCAUCGGCAUGGGUGUGGGAGCGGACGCAGGUGUGGAGAAACUGGGCAUCUUCGUCAAGACUAUCACACCUGGAGGAGCCACGGAGAAGGACGCAAGGAUACAGGUUAACGAUCAGAUCAUUGAGGUGGAUGGCAAGAGUCUGGUGGGCGUGACGCAGGUUUUCGCAGCGUCCGUGCUCAAGAACACCAGCGGGCAAGUGCACUUCCUCAUCGGCCGAGAGAAGGACCCAGAGAACAGCGAGGUGGCCCUGCUCAUCAAACAGUCCCUACAGGCUGACCGAGAGCGUGAGGAGAGGCGCCGAGCAUUAGGUGGGCCAGACUACGACCCACACGCGACCCACGGCUUCUACGACACCCUCUCCUCCCCCUCUGAGGACAACAGCCGCUCCGAUGACCUCCCCCACCACCCCCACCACCCGCACCACCACCACCCCCACCACCACCACCACUACGGGUACAUGGAGGGGGGCGUGGUAGUGGGUGGGGGCAGCGGGGGAUCAGGACCUACCUCCCCCGACCACACCUCCUCCCCCCCGCCGGAAGUGUUCGAACUGGAGGGUGACGCUUCGGAUGUCUCACCCGAUGCGGAUGUUGGGGUCCUGAAGCUGAAGUUGAAGGAGGUCCAGUACAGGAAUGCCAUCGCUGAAGCCGAGAUUACCAAACUGAAGAUGACGCUGCUGGAGAUGGAGAAGGUGGUAUCGGAGAACACCCAGUACACGGCCCAGCUGAUGGAGGCCCAGGGCAAGAUGUCGGAGCUGGACACCAAGCUGCAGACCAAAGAGACGGAGGUGGCCACGUACCAGGACAUGUUGGAACAGUCACAGGGACAGUUCAUCGUGCUGGAGAAGAAGUAUUACAAGGCCAAGAAGAUUAUCAAAGAGUACCAGGGCCGUGAGCGUGACUUCCUGCACCGGGAGGAGUAUCACAUCACGCAGCUGGAGGACAAAGACUCACACUACAACGCUCUCGUCAAGGCUCUCAAGGACAGGGUGAUACAAUUAGAGCAGGAGCUAACCAAGGCCCAGAAGAGUGCCGGAUUACCUGUGCAAGUGCCAAGCGACCCCAGCACACAACCCGCCUACUGGAACCUACAGCAGAGUGCCCAAAAUGCCGCCCUGUCCAAGUUACCGGUGAAGGAGGAGCUUGACGAGGCCGUUCCGCCCCACGAGUUGCUGGACGUGUCAGCGAGCCGGGCCAAGGGGGAGCUGGCCUCACGCGGCGGCCUGGCCAACCGACACCUGCCCUCGCUCAAGAAGGCCACCAGUAUGAGCAGCACCAGCAGCCAGGACCAGAGUCUUGAUGAGAGCAGCCUGGACGAGGACUUGCCCGAGGCCCUCAAGCACCAGCAGCAGCUCGCCGCCCUGGAGCCGCCACAGCAGGACGACCACAGCAGGAGGUCAGCAGUGGGGGCCGACACCCCCUCCCAGCCCCCAGACCCCCACCCUGCCUUCCACCCGCCCCCCCACCCCCCUGCAUCCUCCCCCAGUAGUAAUGUAGCCCCCACCAAGCUCCCACACCAGCCCCCGCCCCCGUCAUACUCCCAGGCGACCAUGGGGGGUGUGGGGGUGGGUGCGCACCUCCCCCCACACCACCACCACCCCACCCCGCCCCCGCCAUACCACCCACCCCCUGUGCAGCAGUUCCCCCAGCCCCCCCGGCAGCCCCUCAUGCCGCACCAGUCCCCGACUGCCCGGGCGGGGUGGAGGGCGCCCCACAGGCGCGGAGAUCCCUACCACCCCCCUGUGGCCCGUGUGCUCCCCGUCAACAGGGCCGAGAUAUCCGAGUCGUCCAGCCUGGCGGCCCACCUAGCCAGCCGCACCCCACAGCAGCACAGCCUCGCCGAGCAGCUCAAGGCUCUGCUGGCGGAGAGCUUCGGUAACGGCAGGGAAGGGGAGGGAGAGGCGGCCCCCCAGAGAGUGGAGCGCGACAUCAGCCCCAGCAAGCGAUCGCCCACGAGCCUCAUGGAAGAUGUUAGGCAGGCAGUGAUGCAUGCUGACGUAACCUUGGGCAAGAAGCCUCACAUUAGCGGUCCCUUGCAUGUGUCGUCAACAGCGCACCAUCUCGUAUCCACCGCGCACCACCCGGCCGGCCCCCCACCCCCCUCCUCGGCCACCUCCCCCAACAGGUCACAGUCUGCCUUCUACACCCCCGUUAGUAAGACAGCCCGGGAAGCCCACCGAGAAACACACCGGGAAUCCCACCGCGAGUCCCACCGAGAAUCCCACCGCGAGUCCCACCGUGAGUCCCACCGCGAGUCACACCGCGAGACUCACCGGGACUCCCACAGCGGCGGCGGCGGGUCCCCUAAGCUCGGGCGGACAGGCAUCAGCGGAAGCCUUAACAGCCCGGGGUCAGCGGUGGUCAGCCCCAACCCGUCAGGAGGCGUGGUGCUGCUGAGUCAGAGGUCCCUGGAGUCAACCACCACAACCACCACCACAACCACCACCUCACACAAAGGGACACUGGGUCUAGACGGCAGCAGCGGGGAGGUGAGCAGCGGCCCCGCCUCCCUGGGCUCGGGGGACGAGGGGUCGGGGGCGUCGCUCGGCUCACAGACCUCCCUCACCCACACCCACCCCCAGCCGCCCCCGCCGCCCUCUGAACACCGCACCAAACGCUCCCACAUGUGGCAGACGGCCCCUGUGGUGGACUGGACCAAGGAGCAGGUGAGUCAGUGGCUGGUGGUGCAGGGCCUGGAGGGGUGCGUGGGCAAGUUCCAAGAGUUGGCCAUCACCGGUCCAAGGCUCCUCAACCUCGACGCACGCGACCUCAAGAACCUCGGCCUGGCCACCGACGAUAAGAACAAGAUAAAGAGGAAGGUGAAGGAUCUGCGCCUGGCUGUGGAGAAGGAGCGGAAGCAGAUAGAGAAGGAGAAGAAGGGGAGGGAGAAGCUGCAGAAGAAGGCGGAGAAACUGGCGGAGAAGGCGGAGAGGAAGAAGAAGUAGCAGGAGGAGGAAGAGGGAGGAGAAGGAGAGAAGACGUACUGGAAGGAAUGACGAGGAGGAGGAAGGAAAGAGGAAGAAAGAAGACAUGGAAGGAAAUAAUGAAGAUGGUGAAUGGAAGAAGAAGGAAGAAUAGGAAGAUAAAUAAGUACUGGAAAGAAAGAGAGAGAGAAAGGAAAGAAAAAGAAAGGAAUAAUCAUGAUAAACAGGAGACGGAAAAGAGAGAGAGAGAGAGAGAGAGAGAGAGAGAGAGAGAAAAUGCAAAGAAAUAAGUUGAGUGUGAAAGAAUAAAAAGAUAAAGAAAGAAAGAAAAAGAGAGAAAAUGAGAGAGAGAGGAAGUGUGAAAGAAUGAGAAAGAGAAAAAAAAUAAAUCAAAUACAUUAACAACAACAACAACAGUAACAAUGACCACCUACACACACACACACACACACACACACACAAGGAAAAAAACAGUCAUGGCAUGUGCGUUUCUGAACCAUAUGUGCGUCUGUGUGCGUGAGUGAGGGGCAGGGUAGGUUAUGGAAGGGCAGGGAAGGGCAUAACUUAACCCCCAUCACCCCCUUCCCAUCACCCCAUCACUCCCUGCCCUCCUCCUCCUCCUCCUCCUCCUCCUCCUCCUCUCUGCAAAAUGACAUGACAUAAUAUAGUUAAAAAUAUUAAUUCCUCUCAUACCUCAUAGUUCCUCCUCCUCCUCCUCCUCCUCCUCCUUCCAAGUCUUCCCUUAUGACCUAAUUUAUGUCAAGUGCUUCCUAUAUGAGUGUGAAGGAGAUAGAGAGAUAGAGAGAUAAAGGAGAGAGAUAGAGAGAUUGUAAAGAAAAUAGAUAGAUAAAGGGUUAGAUAGAAAAGUGUAAAGAAAAUAGAGCAAAGAGAGAAAGUAAAGAAAAUUGAGAGAGAGAGAGAGAGAGAUUGAAGAAAGUGUCAUGAUAAUGCAAAAGAAAAUGGAAACUAAAGAAAAUAUCCGCUUGUGUGAGAAAGGAAGGAAAUUGAGCAAGAGAGAUAGAUUGAUAAAAGAGAGAGAGGUAAGAAUGAGCGACUGAAGAAAACGGAAAUUAAACCCCGAUUGAUGAGAAAUUCGGGGAAACUAAAGAAAAUAUCCGUUUGUGUGAGGAAGGAAAGGAAAGAGAUGGAGAGAGGAAAGAAAACGGAGGAAAGAUGUAGAUGUAUAAGGAGGGAUAAAUAGGUGUGUGAUAAAGGUAAAGGAAGAAAAAGAUGAUGGGUGGAGAUGAAAGGAAGAAAAAGAUGAUGGGUGGAGAUGAAAGGAAGAAAAUGAAGGAUGAAAAAAAUGAAGAAAAGAUGAAAAAGAAAAGGUGAAAAGGAAAUGAAGGAUAAAGAAAAAGAUGAAGAAAAGAUGAAAAAGAAAAGGUGAAAAGAAAAUGAAGGAUAAAGAAAAAGAUGAAGAAAAGAUGAAAAGGAGAAAAAGGACAGAAGAAAAGACAAGAAACAGACAAAGAACAAAGAAAGAAAAAAAAAUACACGUCCUUGAAUGAAAACAACAAAACAAUAAACAAACAAACAACAAAAGGACAAAGUGAAACAAAACUAAAGAAAACAAAGAGUGGAACUAAAGAGGGGGGGGAGGGAGGACAACUAGAAACAAAGGGACAGGAACAGACAAAGAUGAGAGGGGGACCACUAGAAACAAACAGAUGGGGGAGGGGGACCACUAGAAACAAACAGAUGGGGGAAGGGGACCACUAGAAACAAAGGGACAGAAACAGACAGGCGGACAGACAGGAACGCAAUGCUCAGUGUAAAUAAAGAAAGGGAAGACGAUACAAGGGGACCAACUGUAGAGAGUGUGACGAUAGGUGAGUCCCCCCCCUUACCUUCCCCUCCCCCCCCCCUCACCCCUCUACCUGUACCCUCGUUAUCUCUCGCUCCCGUCGUCGUCACCUGGUUAAUGAUGAUGAUGCAUGUGUUUGUGUGUACGUACAUGUGUUUUGUGAUGAUGGUGUUGAUAGGAUGAAAAUGUGUGUGUGUGUGUGUAGAUGGUGAAGGAAUGCUGAUGAUGAUGGUAGUGACAGUUGAAGAGGAUGGUGACUUGUGUUUUAUAUGUAGAUGAUGGUGGAAAAUGAGGGUUAAAAAUGUGCUUCUGUUAAAAUGAUGAUGGGAAAAAAAGGAAAAAAUAUUGAAAGAAAGAGAUUGAUGACAUGAACUGCAGAUUAAAAUGUCAACACAAGAAAGGAAGGAAGAAAGAAAUUGGAAUGAAGGAAGGAAGGAGAAAGGGAAAAAUAAAGAAAAUGGAAGGAAGGAAGAAAAUGAAAGGGAGAAAGAAAGAAAAUGGAAGGAAGGAGGAAGAAAGAAAGAAAAUGGAAGGAAGAAAGAAAGAAAAAAGUAAAAAAAAGGAGGAAAAGAAACAAAAUACUGAAAAUAAUAAUAAUAAUAAUAAUAAUAAUAAUAAUAGUAGAAAAAAAAGAAGCAGAAAAGAAGGAAAGUGUAAAAAAUAAGAAGAAAAUAAUGAAAAAAACAAACCAAUAGAGAAAAAGAAAAAGGGAACCAGAAGAAAAAGCAAAAAAACAAGAAAUAAUAAGAAGAGGAAGAAAAGGGAAGAAUGGAAAAUAAAAAAUAAAAAACACUGAAAAUAAACAAAAAAACAACAACAACAACAGGAAAACAAAACACAAAUGGAAAAAAAAUUGUGUCGCUCUUCAACCAACCAAGCGAGGUGUGUGUGUGUGUGUGUGUGUGUGUGUGUGUGUGUGUGUGUGUGUGUGUGUGUGUGUGUGUGUGUGUUGUAUUAAAUCCCCCUCCCUCUCCCAUUCCUUCCCUACCUCCCCUCCCCCCCCUCCCCCACCCCAUCAAUCACCCCCUUCAAAGCAUUAUGUAACCCCCCCAUAUCUUCCCCCCCCCUAAGAAAAUGAGAGUAAAGGGGGGUGGGUGGAGGAAGGGGGGUGGGGGGGGAACCUCAGUGAAUAAAGAAGGACCUCAUGAAUGGAUAAUGAUGGUGAAGAUGAUGGUGAUGGUGGUGAUUGUGCAGUAUUUUCUAUGGGGAGAGAGAGGGUGUGUGUGUGUGUGUGUGUGUGUGUUGGGAUAUUGAUGCCAAACUGCUUAUAUUGCCAUUAUUUGUAUGUUGUUUUAAUGGUGAGAAUGCCAUAGAGAGAGAGAGAGAGAGAGAGAGAGAGCAGCUUCAAGGACAAACAAUAUCACUAUACUUUAUUUUUUUCAUCUUCCUUUUUUUCCUUCUCCUUCUUCUUUCCCUCCAUUCCUUCGUCUCCUCCCCUCCUCUUUUUUUACCCUUAUCCUUUUCAUUCUCCUUCCUUCUCCACAUUCUCCUCCACACGCCACUUCCGUUUUUAGUGGCACCAUCUACCACCUACCGCUUCUGUUAGGUGACUAGAAUGGCCGUGUGUGUGUGUGUGUGUGUGUGUGUGUGUGUGUGUGUGUGUGUGUGUGUGUGUGUGUGUGUUUGGGGUACGAUGAAUCCACUCCUUCAAUUCUUCCUCUAUUCUAUCUUCAUCCCUUUUUUCUUUACCUAUCUUCUCCUCUCUUCUUUCUCAUUCUUCCACUCCUUCGCUUCUUCCUCUAUUCCAUCUUCAUCCCUUUUUGCAAUUUCCAUUCUUCAUCUAUUUUUCCUAUACCUUCCUUCCUUAUUCUUCCACUUAUUCAUUCAUUCUGUUUUUUGUUUGUUUAUUCAAGCGUUCAUUUCUCCCUUCCUUAAUAACUUGUGGUCCUUAGAACUUGUAUUGGCUCGACUUGGAAGGCUUGGUUGGCUGAGAGAUUGAGAGACUGGCUGGCUGGUUAGUUUGCUGGUUGGUUGGGUGAGUGAGAGACUUUAAGACCGCCUGCCACCAAGCCCUCAAGCCAAGUCCAUCUUAGUUUUUUGUGCCACAUUUUAUAUUUGUUUUCUUCUUCCUUUCCCUUUCUCCUUUCUUCCUGUCAUUCACUUCCUUUCCCUUUUUCCUUCCUUUCUUCCUUUUCUUUCUCUCUUCCCACCUUUUAAUUUCUUUCUACUAUUUCCUUUCAUUUAUUUUCCCUGUACUUUUCUUUCUUCCUUUCUCUUAUUCUAUCCUUUUCUCUUAAUCUUUUCUCUCUACUCUUCCUUCCUUUCUUUAUCUCAUUAUCUUCUUUAUUUUAUCUUUCCCUGCUAUCUUUUCUUUCUUCCUUAUCUUCUCGUUCUCUUCUCUUUUAUUUCAUUCCUUCCUUCCUUUCCUCCUCCUCCUCCCCUUCGUUCCUUCCUUCCUUCUUUUCCUCCUUCCUUCCUUCCUUCCUUCUUUUCCUCCUCCCAUUCCUUCCUUCCUUCCUGCUUCAUCAAUUUUAUAUUUUAUUUCUAUUUACUUUAUUUUUUAUUUAAUAUUUGAAUGUUUUAUUGAUAUUUAAAGAGAUUGUACAGUUUUUUUUUAUGUGUAUGUGUGUAUAGAUUUUAAAACACCUUUGAUAUUUGUUUGUCCUUGCUGCUGAGAGAGAGAGAGAGAGAGAGAGAGAGAGAGAGAGAGAGAGAGAGAGAGAGAGAGAGAGAGAGAGAGAG